AUGUCGGAGCACCUCCCGGGACACGGAGGCCGUUCGGCGCCUGGUCCCUUUGGAUUCCUGUACACACCUUAUGAACACGCGCCUGCCCCGCCUCCGGGCCCUGCAUUGUUGGAUGACAGCGAAUCGAAUAUGUUGGAUAAUUUUUUCACGUCUAUGAACGCUAAUCAUCUUGAUAAUAAUGAUUUUUGGUUUGGCCUGAACGAUCACCAUGGGAAUGCAGGGUUUCAUUUCGAUUGGCCCGAACUCCCGCCAACAUUCGAAGGGUCGACCACUUCGCUGCCAUCCCACUCUGUAGUCCCGCAGCGGACUCACCGCGAGCCAACGAUAGCUGUGAAACAGGACGUCCAAGUCCCGAGCUCAGAUGUUCUUGCUGCAGCAUCGAUGCUCUAUCAGAAUGGAGUGCACGGAAACGAUUACUCGUCAACAUUUACAAGCCAGAUAUUUACUGAAAAUGGCUUGGAAGACAUCAGCUCGCAUCACACUGGAGUCAAACAUGCUCGUUUUGGAGACGACGGACGGCGAUCCCGCUUUAGCUUUUCAAGAAGACGAGAGACAUAUCCCGAGAAAGGAGUCCAUUCCGGUGCUACAGUGACCAACACAUCCCACUCUAUCGCGAAGGAUAACGUUUUCGGUACUCUCCGAUGGGGCUCUGAUGUCGGAUUUGCUGAGCAAGGGUAUCGGGUCCCACCGGACCAGCCAACCAUGGAGGAGCGGACAGCUCAGGUGUUACAUAGCUUAGAGUGUUUCGAAUCACAGAGCAGUGCCCCGAAUACCCGGCCAUCGAGUCCUGCCCGAAGACGUGCAGAAUGCAAAACCUCUGAGUGGGGAGGUAUGCUGCAGAGUCCAACUUCGCUCAAACAGUUCUCCCCUACAGAUCAGAUGCAUAUGGAUGAUGAUUUACGGCCGACAAAGAGACGAAAGAACAUGAAAGGAAAGCCAAAAGACGAGGAGGAGACAUAUUCACCCCCCCUGGGGCGGCCGUCCCACCCACGACGAGAUCGACGAUGGUCAUCGAAUAGUAGCACGCAGCCACGUCGCGCAAAGGUCCACGUGAUUAAACCCCCUCGCGAGAACCUCACUGAGGAACAAAAGAGAGCAAACCACAUUUUAUCCGAGCAAAAGCGACGCAACCUGAUAAAGCAAGGGUUUGACGAACUCUGCUCGCUUGUUCCAGAACUGAGGGGUGGUGGGUUUAGCAAAAGCACCAUGCUUGGCCAGGCAGCUGGCUGGCUUGAAGACCUGCUGGAAGGCAACGAGAUCCUCAAACGCCAAUUAGAAGAUUUGAAAAAGCAGACCGGUGGAUGA